AGAGAGAGAGAGAGGGAGAGAAAUCAGGAGGUGCGUAAAGUAGAAAACCUGAAUGAAAGACAUUGUCCUGAGAAAAAGACAAGUGGAGAGGAGAAUUAGAAGGGAAAAAGAAAUACAAAUAGAGUGGAGAAACAUUUAAGAGGAGCAGCAUUCUCUUGGCUCUACUGAUCUCACUUCCUGUCUAUAUUCGUGGGUGAUUGUGCCUGACAACCGUUGCCAUGGGUGAAAUGGAGCAACUGAGAAAAGAGGCAGAGAGCCUGAAGGAUGAGAUCACUGCAGCUCGUAAAGCAGUGCAGGACCUCACACUGCAGGAUCAUGUGGCAGGGACAUCUGUUGUGGGACGUGUCCAGCUAAAGAUCAGGAAGACAUUGAGAGGACACCUGGCCAAAAUCUAUGCCAUGCACUGGGGGACAGACUCAAAUCUGUGUGUCAGUGCAUCCCAGGAUGGCAAGUUGAUUGUAUGGGACACCUACUCCACCAAUAAGGUGCAUGCAAUCCCACUGAAGUCCUCAUGGGUGAUGACAUGUUCGUACGCACCUUCAGGAAACAUGGUGGCGUGUGGUGGACUGGACAACAUGUGCUCCAUCUAUAACCUGAAGGGCAAAGAUGGUAAUGUUAAGGUCAUGCGGGAGCUCGCAGCACACAAUGGUUACCUGUCUUGCUGCCGCUUCCUGAGUGACACUGAAAUCAUCACCAGUUCUGGAGACUGCACCUGUUUUUUGUGGGACAUUGAGACAGGAUCACAGAAGACUGUCUUUGCUGGCCAUCUAGGAGACUGUAUGUCCCUGGGUGUGGCCCCAGACUUUAACACUUUCAUCUCAGGAGCUUGUGAUUUCACAGCCAAACUGUGGGACAUCCGUGACGGCCAGUGCAGACAGACCUUUGGAGGCCAUGAGAGUGACAUCAAUGCCAUUGGGUUUUUCCCAAAUGGCAAUGCAGUGAUCACCGGUUCAGAUGAUGCUACCUGCAAGCUGUAUGACCUGCGUGCAGACCAGGAGCUCAUUACAUACCAGGACUCCGCCAUCAUGUGUGGAGUAACUUCCCUUGCUCCAUCCCUCUCUGGAAGACUUAUUCUUGCUGGCUAUGAUGACUUUAACUGCAACAUCUGGGACUCGCUUAAGGCAGAGAGAGUGGGAGUGUUGUCUGGUCAUGACAACAGAGUGAGCUGUAUUGGAGUGUCAUCUGAUGGCAUGGCCUGCUGCACAGGGUCAUGGGAUAGUUUUCUGAAGAUCUGGAACUAAGACACUGUCUCAAAAAGUGGCAAUAUCAGUAGAAUAUUUCAAAGACAGGGUAAAAUGUAAAGAAUACAAUUGAAACAGGACUAUGGGAAAUAAUUGUAUAAGUAGGGAGGGACAGGAAUGUUUGUUGUGCACAAGUUACAACAAGAAGGAUUGUGAAUCGAAAAAAAUAAUUCAGAGAUGGGCUGACUUGUAAAAUAAUCUAGUCAGAAAUCAUGCAAUAAUACAAAAAGUUUUUCAGGGAUUGCUAACUGCAAAAGUGGGCAUUUACAAAGCAUUUAACUAUUUGGUGAUUUCUGAGGUUAUUUUUGUUUAGGGUAAUUAACACAUGAAUGCAUAUAAUCACUAUAGCAUAUGAAAUAAGACUUCCAACACUAGUUGAAUCAAGCUUUCUGAUAUCAUCUACAAUGUGUAUCCUAUGCUAUCAAACCUACGUAUAUGACAGAGGUUGCCAAAAUAGUUGAUGGCUUAAGUCUACAAAGAAUUACAUUUUCACUUUUAUGAAAUGUGGUUUACAGACUAUAGAUAGAUCAAAUAUGAGUUCUAGUGAGAUUGUCUGAUUGAAUCUUCUUAUGUUGAAUUGUGUUAUUUUUUUUCUUUUUUGAUAGUGCACUGACAGUAUCAUCUGACUGUUCUUUUCUGCAUAUUCAAGCCAAUAAAAAACU